GCAUAAAACACAAAGAAAGACAGAAAAAGAAAGCCAGAGGGAGGUAGUGAGUGCUGGGCUGCGUCGAACACCUUCACUCCAACGGAAAAAAAAAAACAAAAAAAAAAGGAACUUCACUCAUUCCGCGUAUCACCUUAUCCAUUCUUUUUAUUUUUAUUUUUAUUUUUUUCCCAAAUUUUAUUCGUUUGAUUCAAUAGCCCAACCUGUCCAUUACUUCUUCUUCUUCUUCUUAUUCUUCUUCUUCUUAGCUGGUGUGAGGUUGGCUAUGUCCGUGGAAUCCGCCAUAGCCAAAGGAAGAAGAAGGAAUUGACUAUUGCUGGCAUGGCUGCCACGUCAUCAGUAGCCGUGCCAUCCGUCGUGGUAGAGAGAGGGAGUGGAGUAGAUGGGAGGAGAGACUGUAGAGCUGCCACGUGUACGUAUGGCGAUGGAAGAAAGGGUAUGUUGGCAAUGGGCGAAUGCGGCAGCAGUCGCCACGUGGCGCAAGUUUGCCCGAGCGCCACGUGGCGCUCAGACAGAAGCAGACGCAUGACUUGUUCUUCGGCGUCCUUAACCGCUGGCUAUGGUCGUUUGGCUUCGACGUCCAUGCGAGCAAGGUGGUCGCAUUUGAAUAAGUCAUGGGCCAGCAGCCGAUUUCCCUGCUGUCGUACAAAGCUGGAUGGAAGGAUGGAGAUGGGAGAGAAAGCAGCAUGUGGUCAUCGAAGAUCUAGGGGUGUUGUUUUUCUGCGGGCCUCCAUGACGAAUGCUGUGCAGGAAGGUGAGGGUGGAGCAGUGUCUGAGCGGCCAUUCAUCCCUGCGGGAGAUCACAUGGUCCGCUGUAUCUCAACAGAUGCAGAGCUCUCUGUUUUUGGACUGGUUGCGACCGAUCUGGUGGAUGAGGCUCAGCGCAGACAUGUCUUGUCCCCGACGGCCGCGGCUGCACUCGGUAGGGCUCUGAUGGGUACCAUUCUUUUAGGAGCUUUCAAGGGAGAGGGCGAAACUGUUCAGUUGAGCAUCAAGGGUGGUGGUCCUCUGGGGUUCAUGACCACAGUCGGUGACACGAAAGGGCAAGUCAAGGGGCUGGUCACAGAGCCAUCUGCUAAUCCCCCUCUGAAAGAGAAUGGAAAGUUGGUCGAUGGAAAGCAGAAAGAAGUAGUAGUCUGGAAGUACCCUGAGGAGAAAGUCGCACAAUUGGAUGAUCUGCAUGAAAAACAUGGAGUGGUUUUCAACUUCACACGCCACGGCGCAGAUCUCCAGCCCGCGGAAAAGAGAAAAUGGGUGAUCGACACGAUCAGAAAGGAGCCGCGGCUCAAACAUAUAGGGGAGACGUUCUCCUUACAAAGCCUGGGACGUAAUAACAUCAUGGUCCUGUUCGUCAAUGAGGAGCAUGCAAAGAUAACAGCGGAAAUGCAAUCCAGGAAUUGCCAUGGCUCGGUCUGCACAAUUACAAAAUGGAAGAAACUGUCAGCCCAAAGGCAGACCCCGACCUUUGCAAUCUCCUAUAAACAGACCCUGAUGAAGGAGAAUUUCUGGGUUCAGUUCGAUAACAUUCAGCCGGGCUUUCAAGGCCUGCUGGUCGACAGGCUUGAGAGACAAUACCCGGCCAAUAGAAUUCUGAAGUGGAUCCUCCCCACGCCAGAUUUUCUGGCUCCACAUUGCGGAUCUAUGACUGCGAUCUUGGAUGUGCAAACGRACGACCCUCCAGUAUUUCCACAGACAUGGAACCUGCAGAUCGAAAGCAGAAUGGUUGAGGUGAGAAUCUCUACACGCACAUCCCCAAUAUGCUUUCGCUGCAGGGAGCGAGGUCAUGUGGGCACUGACCCCGCUUGUCCGAAAUUUCCGAAACAACCAAAGGAUAGGAAACUGUCGCCCAACAUGCUGCUAGAAGUGGAAGAUGCCCCCGGUUUCUGGUUCGUGGCGGAGCCAACCUAUGACGACUGGGUCUUCGACGACAACCUCGACGAGCCGGAUUGGGUAUGGCACUUUACAGACCUAACUCCUACCACCAAGAAACCAGACAUCUUCCCUCAGGCGGACAGCAGGUGGCAAAAGAAGGCCACCGGAAAGGUAAGAGGCAAUCCGACAACGAUCAACACCAUGCCGAUUACCGACUCUAGGGUGAUCAGGGAAGAGAAAGCAAGGGAAGACUUACUGACGGACUUGGACACAAUUAGAGAGCAGGUAGAAGAGGAAUACAACAAGAACCCAGAUUCUUUCAAGGAGGCACUGAAACAAGCAGAAUUACAAACGUACAAAAGAAGGGUUAAAACCCAUCCAGUCAAUAAACGCCAAUUACACGAAGGGGGCAAGGCCGGGGAGAAAGAAUCGGGCCCGAAAAGAAGAAGGGUCGAGGGACCAGCAGGGGAAUGGGACAACAACAAAUCAGGAGCGGAUAACGAGGGUGAGGAAAUGGACUUUGAUGUGGUUGGGGAGCAGGCUGAUGACGAAGCAGAUCCCAAACCGGAGUCCGGCCCCGCGAAGGAGGAUGAGCAUGAGCGGGAGGAACAGUCCCUAGCGUGGAUAAGACAUUAUGUGGAGAAGGCGAAAAGGGAGAGGGAACACGCUUUCGAUGUCCGGGUAGCAUGUUUAAAACAUGCGGAACGAUCCCAAGCGAAUGGGAAGAAGAAUGUAAUUGCUGGAAUCAGUAAUUCACCCAAUCAGUUCGCAGCCCUUCUGAAAGUUAAGGCGGAUGAGUUCUCCGAGUAUGCAGCCUUCAGAUAUGCAGAAAAAAAGAGGGCAAGAGAACAGGGAACGGAAGACAAAGACAAAACAAUUCCCACAACCAAAGAUAUCUUCCAAGACCGACGCCCCAAGACGAGGAAGACAAGUAAGACCCAGAAAAAAAGGGAAUCCAACGAAGAGCAAGGGGGGGGGGAAGAUAAACCAGAGCGGGAUCUGUUGGAAAAAGAAAUUGUAGUCGUUUUGUCCCAAACAACGAUUGCGCAGAUUGCAAAGGGGAAAGCACCCAUGGUUGUGGAAGCAGCCAAUGCAGCCCGCAGAACAUUGAGGAACAUCAGACCGCUCAUCGCGGCCAGGUAUGACCCCAAAAUGAAGGAAUGGUUAGUGGCAACCGACGUAGCCUUCCAAAUUCCACACUUUGUGGAAGGAGAAAACRUUGUCAAGGCCUUAAGAAACCAUGUCACCUUCGAUGUCSCUCUGGGUCUGUUUGAGACGGUGGCUUUAGAAUCAGACAUGGACGAGACCGAACCCCAAGAGGGCUCAGAGAGCGAUCCCAAAACCAAGGAGCUAGCUGGCAGGAAGUCCCCGAGGGCCUUCUCACCCUUGAUCGCCAAGAUGCCCGAAGAGACGCAGCUGCAUUCCGGAAUGAGAUGGAGACCAUGGCGGACGGUGGCUGAAGUACCUUACAACAUUCUGGCUGGCCUGGGAGUGUCUGCGGAGUUGAUGGCCACUUCAGUGGCUAGCAUUGUGGAGGCAGGGCAGCUAGAUGGGGAUGAAGAUUUGGACAUGAGAGCAUAUGCAAUAGAUGAUGAGAGGUUUUACAAAAGUGAAGGAUCAGAGGGUGACGCAAAGGACGGCGAUGACGAGUGGGAGAAGAUGGACAGGCUGAUCGAUUUGGAAAAAAAGGGAAAGGGACAGGUGGACACUGAGGGGAGAGGAGGGGAGGAGCCGGGCAAGGUGACUUCGGAGGGGAGCUCCGACGCCCUUGACGUAGGUGCGGCAGUGGGCAGAGGGACCCUCAGUGUUGUUCGGAACCAUCCUACCUGGAAGUUCCCAUACAGGGGGUCGGUGGCCAUUCAAACGGGAGAAAUUGCUGAAGACAUAACAUUUUAUUUGGCGGAGAGCGAACAGACAAACUCAGCCAUUGGAUUAGGUGUAAUCGUCGACAAGAGUGGCUCUGUGACCUCUGCUGCAGGUUUUAUGGUUCAGGUAACUCCAAUAUACGGGCCCUGUGGACUGGACGACCUAAAAUCUCGCAUGAAAUUUGCUGUGAAGACACUUGGGCAAGAGGAUAUCCAAAAAGUCGUGAACGAUGAAGGUUUCCUUCAAGUCACGUGUGAGUUCUGCAACGAACUUGUCAGAUUCGAGGAGGAGGACUUGAAAGCCGUUCUGGAAGAGAUGAAGGAGGAAGCGAAGGAAACGUCAGAGCAUGCAGGAUAAACCAGCAUCCACUGUUCCUACCGUUUUCACCUGAAUAGAACGCCCGGUCACCAUAGCCAUAUUUGGUGCAGCUUUCGGUCUUAUAUAUGAGUCGGUGAAACUCCGACGAAACAGUUUGUCACAGCCCCUCGUUUGUUGUCCUCUUCUCUCUCUCUGCCUACGGUUUUACCGGGCAGUUCUGUUUGUGACGAUAUAUAUGGAUAAUGACCGUAUGUUCUACGCAGGUGAAGAUGGUAGUCAAGUGGAAACACCCUUCAAGUGGAAACACCCUUCAAGUGGAAACACCGACAAUGGUAGUCAAGUGGAAACACCGUUAACCUUCAAGAUAGCAUGCACAACCACCAUUGCACUGGUGGCAAAUGUGAUUUUAUUCUGGUCAUCUGAUUGUAUGAGGAAUCGAACUUGGGUCUGUAUUUCAACAGCGCGUUGUUGGUUGUACCAACUGAGCUAGUGGCAAAUCAUUUACGCCCAUCUUCCUAAGUAAAGUAGUAUGAUGAUUGCUUCAUCAGCAAGUUUGACAGACAUUGUAACUGACAUCUCUGCAGCAGAACCCGCCCGCCCCCCCUCCCCCCCCCAACGCCUUACCCUCUAGUGAACCCUCCUUGUAAUACUUUUAUUGCAGCUUCGUUUCAUUGUCCCUUUGUCUGGACUCUUUCUUCUUCUUCUUCUUCUUCUUCUUCUUUCUUAACUCACAUCCUUGACCAUAGAGACCACCACAGUAGGGUCAGUGCCUGACUUGAAGUCUUUUUUUUCGUUUGUUUUUGCCUUACAUGAAGUCAUAACGAGGUACUUGUAGGGAAUAUGUGACGUGGCACUGAAUUUCAGGUGCAACCGGUCUGUGUUUUUCCUCCCCUCCCCGCUCCUCCCCUAUCCCUCCUCCAUUGAUUCCCUGAUGGGCUCCUGCAUAUCUUUCUGUCUUCUCACCGUCCUGGCUUGUACAUUUUUUUGCUGCAAUCGCCAAUAAUAAGAUCGCCUGAGACUGGCUUGUCAAGGUCCACAGGUGCUGCCUGGGAGAUGAGGUGGUGGGGGUUGUCUGGGCUUAUGCCUUGCUCAGUGGAGUGGGACGUUCCCAAUGAACCGCAGCAGGCCAUCGACAUUCCAGUGAGCUGAUGAAUCAACUCACAAGAGGCACAACUACAACAAAUGAGUUGGCGGGAUUCUAUCGAAGUCAAUCAUCAAUCAAUUGUGAUUUGCGAUACGGUCGACAAUGAUCGGUUCAUGUUGGCGCCAAGCGACUCACUGUCUGCAGUGAUUUUUUUGGCGCACGGUGGGGAUGACGAUGAGCAGGCACGGCCUGGAAGGGCGGGCGUGCGUCGGCAAAUCACUACCCAUGGAAGGAAUAGACAAACGACUAGUCCGAUUCAGGCUCGAAGAAAAGAAAAGAGUGAGUGAGUGCUACACGUAAUCCCCACGCCCUCAUGGCUGGCGCGGCGAUUACAGUUGCGCACUGAUUCAUUCCUCGCCUUUACUUUCACAAGCAGGAUGUCAAAGAUGAUGAGCGAUGAGCUGGCAUUCUAUGAAUGAUGAGACUUUCCUAGCCCAUAGACAGCAACAUAACGAAAGGAAUUGACAUGGAUUCGGCACCGGCGACCUUGCAAAAAAUCGCUGUGGGAUGAUCAGCUUCUGUAUCAUCCAGUAUGAUUUCAGAUCCCUUCGCAGAAAAAAACAGUGCCAAGGAGAGGCGCAGAAGAGUACCAGGGUGAUGAAUGGGGUUUCUGAAUCAGAACACAGAAUCCAGAUGUCUGGGAGGCAUUGUGCAAAGGAUGACAUGCGCCUGAUAGGUGAACAUGCGCCUGAUAGGUGACGGCAGAGAGAGAACGAUUGAAGGCUAAAGUCUAUGUAGAGUGAAGGAGUGUUGGGAUGCCUGGAAGGGUUGAAGUUUGGACUUGGAGAGUGAGUUCAGAUUGGCCAACCAACUGUGCUCUUGUUUCUGAGGGAUGCCUGGAGGAGUGGGAGUGGAGGUGGUCUUACCCCAAGAAUUGUUA